UGAGUUGGUCGGAGAGAGACAAGAGCCGGCUUCGCUAACCGUUUCAAAGCGUCGAGUGUGUGUGGUGCAAAAAAGUAUGUGGGUUUUGGCGAUUUAUAAGCGCGCGUUGAAACUGCAAACGGUUUAGUUCCUCGCCGCAAACAUAACUAGUCACAACGCAACGGCAGCCGGCCACAGAUCAGAUCAGAGCGGAAGCAUUCGAGCCGAGGAAUUUGUUAAGUCACUUUAACCAGUUCACCCCAAGUGAGAGAGACAAAGAGAGACAGAGACAGAGAGCAAAGCGAAACGGAGACAACUACGAGACACAGGAGCAAGUUUUCUCUUCGCGAUCAAAGGCCAUCGACGGGGGCAAAGUGAACGUGUGACUCGCGACUUGUUUGACGGUCUCUUAUUAUUAUUAUAUUCGCUGUUAAAUUAUUCUUGUUGUUGUCGUUGCUCUUGUUUACUGUUGGCAACAGCACUCACGCACACACACGCACUCACAUCGAUUGUCACAGCCGUUGCCCUCGCAUUCCAAAGCCAAAAUGACGCGCAUGCCAAUGAUCGCAGUGAUCGCGUUGCUGCUGCUGCAAGUGACGACGUCGACGCUGGGUAAACCAACUGCAGCUUCACCUGCUGCUGCCGUGGAGGAGGAGACCACAUCAUUUGGUGAACUCGACGUCAGCACCGUUACCAUGAAAAUUGAUUUAGAUCUUAUUCUAAGCACUGAGGAUAAUCAAAACCCAUUCACGCAUCUUCCCGAGAAUGAAUUUGCAUCCACAGAGGAGCCGCUGCUCAAGUCGGUGUUGUUGCAGCUGGAGGCCAAGAAUGCAACUGCAAACCUAAUCGAGAGCACAACAACAACAACGACAACUAACUCUCCGGAAGCAGCCACAACAAUUGCCAUUGAAAGUGCCAAGAAUGAAUUGCAUUCGCUUUACACCGAACACGAUUUGGAGAUGAGGGAGAAUAAAGCCGAAGCUGCCAUAGAAACCACAACAUUCUUGCCUCAAUUCGAGGUAACCGCAACACCUGAGAAUAAUUUGGCAUUCUAUGCCAAAACAAACAGCUACGAGUCCAACCUCGAAGAUACCACAACCUAUCUGCCAAUGGAUAAUUACAAAUACACCAGCGGACCACUUCCCGCCGAUGCAGAGAAAUACGGCACUGAAGUUGCGCCCGCAGAAGAAAACACAUGGAUUCCCAAUUUUGACGGCAUUCUUCACUCCACACAAGCUGAUGAUGGAUUGGCCGAGACAACGCCAGCACCUGAGAACACGAAUAACCAAACUGAAAGCAGCAUCAGCAACAACGUGCCAAUUGUUGCAACAACACCACAGCCCGUGGAUAUUGGAGAUUUGCUGCGCAUGAUGAGCUCGGAUGUGAUCACUGACAAGAUUAUGCAGGAAUCAACAACCGAGGAACCUAAGCUAGAGGCAACCACCAACAAGUUGGCUGAACAAACUGCUGAAACCACAAUUGCACCACCGAAACAACAGUCAUCGACGCUUGAAGCAAUUGUUAUGACAACAUUUAGAGCGCCCGUUGACACCACAACCGUAGAAAGUAGCACUGCUAAAAUAAUUGAGGAAUUCCCAGUGACCACAAUUGAGCCACCAAAAGAGACAACAACACUUGGAGCAGCCGUGACGUCAACAGCAUCUCCGGCUCCACAAACCACCAGCUCACCAGUAACCACAAGUGCGCCUGAAACCACGAAUAUUCCCGAAACCACAAUUUCACCAGUAACCACCAGCAUUCCAGAAAUCAUCAGCAGCACCACCAGCACACCUGAAACCACCAGCAGUACAGCGGAAACCACCAGCACACCCGACACCACCAGCAGCAUCACAAGCACUCCCAAAACCACUAGCAGCCUCAGUCUCACCGAAGACAUAGUAGAAACCACAAUCGAACCACCCAAGCAGCAGUCUGUGCUUGCUGCUGUGUCAACAACAACGCCAGAGAGUGUGCCAGAGAGCAGUACAACUGAAGCCACCACAACAAGCAGCAGCACCACCACAACCACCACCACCACCACGACAGAACCCCCCACAACUACAACGACAGAGCCCAUUCCUGUGGUGGUGACGCGUGAACCACGCGUUGAACGCAUCUUUAAUUCGGAUGGUGUGGAAGUGCUCUAUGGUUACUCAUCGGUGGUGCGAACGAAUGGCGUUUAAAGACGCAACCACAAUGUAAAUUACCAAAAACAAAAAAUUAUAAUAAUACCUUGUCAAGGUCAACUUGCCAUACAGCAUCUAUUUUCGUAGCAAAACAGCGAAAGUUCGCAAAGGGUUUUCCAAAUUCUAAACGAGCUGAAUAUUUAAUAAAUAUUGUGAUACAUCGAAACGAAAUGAUAUUGAAAACAAAACAAAACAAAAAAUAUAAAACAAACGAAAACUAAACCGAAACUUAAACGAAAUAUGAAU